AAGUACUUCCGGUUUGGGGUUAACGCUAAUGCUAAGUGGCGGCUAACUUCAGAGGAAUGUAAAUGCCGUCUUUAUUUUAUUGAAAUGAAUUGAUUUUCCAGGUGGUUAUUGCCAACUCAGUCAAAAUAUACGUGACUGUAGUUGGUGGAGCCAUGUAUGCCUCCAGUAAGUACAGCUCUCGGGGACCAGCUCUGAUCCCGAGGAUGAAGAUCAAGCAUCGGAUCUACUACAUUACUUUAUUCUCCGUGGUGCUGCUGGGACUCAUUGCCACGGGGAUGUUCCAGUUCUGGCCCCACUCCAUUGAGUCCUCUGCGGAUUGGACUCUGGAUAAACGCAGUGUUCACGAUGCUCCUCUGGUCAGGCUGCCCGUGUCCAGCCCGAUCCCGGAGAGGGGUGACCUGAGUUGUCGCAUGCACACCUGUUUUGAUGUCUACAGAUGUGGCUACAAUCCUAAAAACAGGAUAAAGGUUUAUAUCUAUCCUCUUCAGAGGUUUGUGGAUGAAGUUGGGGUCCCCAUCAGCAGCACAGGACUGUCCCGAGAAUACAACGACCUUUUGAGUGCCAUUUCAGACAGUGACUUUUACACAGAUGAUGUGAGCAGAGCAUGUCUGUUCAUUCCUUCCACUGACGUUCUCAAUCAGAAUUCAUUACGAGUCAGAGAGACGGCACAGGCUCUGGCAAUGCUGCCCAGAUGGGACAAAGGCAUGAAUCAUCUACUUUUCAACAUGUUGCCUGGAGGACCCCCGGAUUAUAACACUGCUUUGGAUGUGCCAAGAGAUAGGGCUUUGCUGGCAGGAGGUGGUUUCUCCACUUGGACCUACAGACAAGGCUACGAUGUCAGUAUUCCAGUCUACAGCCCCCUUUCUGCUGACGUUGAACUGCCUGAGAGACAACCUGGACCACGGCGCUACUUUAUUUUAUCCUCCCAGACCGCGAUUCACAGGGAGUAUCGCGCUGAACUUGAACGUCUAAAAGAGGAAAAUGGAGAGGCUCUGCUGCUGCUGGACAAAUGCAGCAAUCUCUCACAAGGAGCUGCCUCUGUCCGAAAACGGUGUUACAAAGGCCAAGUGUAUGACUACCCCCAGAUCCUACAGGAGUCUUCAUUUUGUGUUGUUCUUCGAGGAGCUCGGCUGGGGCAAGCAGCUCUGAGCGAUGUCCUCCAGGCUGGAUGUGUCCCCGUCAUCCUUGCUGACUCUUACAUACUGCCCUUUUCUGAAGUUCUGGACUGGAAAAGGGCAUCCGUGGUUAUUCCAGAGGAGAAACUCUCAGAAAUGUACACCAUCUUGAAAAGUAUACCUCACAGACAAGUGGAAGAAAUGCAAAGACAGGCUCGCUGGUUCUGGGAGGCGUACUUCAGCUCCAUGAAGGCAAUAGGUUUGACGACUCUGCAGAUCAUCAAUGAUCGGAUUUACCCGUAUGCUGCGCGCUCAUAUGAGCAAUGGAACAACCCACCUGUAGUGAAGUGGGCCAGUGUGAACAGCCCUCUGUUCCUGCCCCUCAUCCCGCCUCGGGCUCCAGGCUUCACCGCUGUCGUGUUGACCUACGACCGUGUGGAGAGUCUCUUCAGGGUCAUCACCGAAAUCUCCAAAGUGCCCAGUUUGGCUAAACUGCUAGUGGUGUGGAACAACCAGAACAAGAGUCCACCUGAAGAGUCACUAUGGCCCAAGAUUGGUGUCCCUCUGAAAGUGGUACGUACCAAAGAGAACAAGCUGAGCAACCGCUUCUUUCCCUACGAUGAGAUUGAGACCGAAGCAGUGUUGGCCAUUGAUGAUGACAUCAUCAUGUUGACGUCUGAUGAGCUGCAGUUUGGAUAUGAGGUUUGGAGAGAGUUCCCGGACCGACUUGUGGGCUAUCCCGGCCGCUUACAUCUGUGGGACCAUGAGAUGGGCAAGUGGAAGUAUGAAUCUGAAUGGACCAAUGAGGUUUCCAUGGUGUUGACAGGAGCAGCAUUCUACCACAAGUACUUCAACUAUCUGUACACAUACAAAAUGCCUGGAGAUAUAAAGAACUGGGUGGAUGCUCACAUGAACUGCGAAGACAUUGCCAUGAAUUUCCUGGUCGCCAACAUCACUGGAAAAGCCCCCAUAAAGGUGACCCCCAGGAAGAAGUUUAAGUGUCCUGAAUGCACUGCCAUUGACGGGUUGUCACUGGAUCAGACUCACAUGGUUGAGAGAUCUGAAUGCAUCAACAAGUUUGCCUCAGUUUUCGGUACAAUGCCUCUGAAGGUUGUGGAGCAUCGUGCUGAUCCAGUUCUUUACAAAGACGAUUUCCCGGAAAAACUCAAGAGCUUCCCCAACAUUGGCAGCCUCUGAUGGGCCUGUGCACCUCAGCACCUGUCCACAGCGUCUACAGUUUUAUUACACUACACACAGCAUCAGUCCAGUAUCAACACUGCAUAUUUGAUUCUUUACAUAUCAAAGUAUAUUAUUUAAGUCAAAGUCUAUUCACUUUUUUACACCUACAUCUGAAUGUUACAUGACUGACUUGUACCGCACUAUCAACGUAUGGUAUUGAAAGCAAAUGGACAAAGGAACUUCUGCUGUUAAGAUGGUGUAUAGUGUAUAUACAGAAUAUAUAAUUUAUUAUGUCCCACUCAAGAUUUUAAUGGUUGAACAUCUCUGUUUUAGCUGUACUGUGUAGAGGCAGAGCUCAUGCUUUCAAAUUUACAAUCAUAAACAUUUUUCAACUGCAACAAACUAGGUCACAUUAUGCUAAACCUGGUGCCAUGAACUGUAUAUUUGCUAUGGACGGAACUACUGUUGCCGCUAAAGGGGCAUUUUAAUGUUUAUGUGAUUAAAAUCAGUCAUUAUGUUUGACACAAUAAUAUUAUAUUGAAAUGGGCAGCUUGUGUCUCUUGGUUAAACACACACUGCGCUGACGUCCAACUGUCAUAAUCUGUCUAUACUUCAGCUUUUAUCCUUUUUAGUUGCAGGUCUUUGAUAUCAUGUGUAGUUUUAUUUUAUUUUAUUUUUUACUUUAUGUUAAUAUGUUUCUUUUUUUACAUAGGCUUUUAUUAAAAGAGUUGUGUUUUUGCCUUUAUGUACAGAGUGUACAUAUAUAUAUGAUUUUGUAUUAUAUACAUGACAAAUAAAGUAAAAUUAAUAUGA